CCAAAUGGGGCAGUGGCGACAACCACUCCUUUGUCAUUUGGGGUGUAUUUAUUGGGCAAACAUUUGUUGAGUGCCUGCUGUUUGUGGAGAAGAUGAAUAGCUCACCGUCUACAGCCCCAGGCGGCUCCUGUUCUGGUAGGGGGCGCCUGACUGGUAACCAGAGAGCCGGAAAGCCUCUUGGUUACGAGAAGACAGAUGAUGUUUCAGAGAAGACCUCGCUGGCUGAUCAGGAGGAAGUAAGAACCAUAUUCAUCAACCAGCCUCAGCUGACAAAAUUCUGCAACAAUCACGUCAGUACUGCAAAAUACAACGUGAUCACAUUCCUGCCAAGAUUCCUCUACUCUCAGUUCAGAAGAGCGGCGAAUUCGUUCUUCCUCUUUAUUGCCCUGCUCCAGCAAAUACCCGAUGUGUCACCAACAGGGCGUUACACAACACUGGUUCCUCUCUUAUUUAUUUUAGCUGUGGCAGCUAUCAAAGAGAUAAUAGAAGAUAUUAAACGGCACAAAGCUGAUAAUGCUGUGAACAGGAAACAGACACAAGUUUUGAGAAAUGGUGCUUGGGAAAUUGUUCACUGGGAAAAGGUAAAUGUUGGAGAUAUAGUUAUAAUAAAAGGCAAAGAGUAUAUACCUGCUGACAUUGUCCUUCUCUCAUCAAGUGAGCCCCAGGCCAUGUGCUACAUCGAGACAUCCAACUUAGAUGGUGAAACCAACUUGAAAAUUAGACAGGGCUUACCAGCAACAUCAGACAUCAAGGACAUUGACAGUUUGAUGAGAAUUUCCGGCAGAAUCGAGUGUGAAAGCCCAAACCGACAUCUCUAUGAUUUUGUUGGGAAUAUAAGGCUCGACGGACAUGGCACUGUUCCCUUGGGAGCAGACCAGAUUCUUCUUCGAGGCGCUCAGUUAAGAAAUACUCAGUGGGUCCAUGGGAUAGUCGUCUACACUGGCCAUGACACCAAGCUGAUGCAGAAUUCCACAAGUCCGCCACUUAAACUCUCCAAUGUGGAGCGGAUUACGAAUGUACAGAUUCUGAUCUUAUUUUGCAUCUUGAUCGCCAUGUCUCUUGUCUGUUCUGUGGGCUCGGCCAUUUGGAAUCGAAAGCAUUCGGGGAAAGACUGGUACCUCCAUCUACACUAUGGUGGCGCUAGUAAUUUCGGGCUGAACUUCCUGACUUUCAUUAUCCUAUUCAACAACCUCAUUCCCAUCAGCUUGUUGGUGACAUUAGAAGUGGUAAAAUUUACCCAGGCAUACUUCAUAAAUUGGGACCUUGACAUGCACUAUGAGCCCACAGACACUGCGGCAAUGGCCCGGACAUCUAAUCUCAAUGAGGAACUUGGCCAGGUUAAGUACAUAUUUUCUGACAAAACUGGGACCCUGACGUGCAAUGUGAUGCAGUUUAAGAAGUGCACCAUCGCGGGCGUGGCUUAUGGCCAUGUCCCCGAACCUGAGGAUUAUGGGUGCUCGCCUGAUGAAUGGCAGAACUCGCAGUUUGGAGAUGAAAAAACGUUUAGUGACUCCUCACUGCUGGAGAAUCUCCAGAAUAACCACCCAACCGCACCUAUCAUUUGUGAAUUUCUCACAAUGAUGGCAGUCUGCCACACAGCUGUACCAGAGAGAGAAGGCGAGAAGAUUUUCUAUCAGGCAGCAUCUCCAGAUGAGGGAGCGCUGGUUAGAGCGGCCAAGCAGCUGAAUUUUGUCUUCACCGGAAGAACUCCUGACUCGGUCAUCAUAGAUUCACUGGGGCAGGAAGAAAGAUAUGAAUUGCUCAAUGUCCUAGAGUUCACCAGCGCUAGGAAGAGAAUGUCGGUGGUGGUUCGCACUCCCUCCGGGAAGCUACGGCUUUACUGCAAAGGCGCGGACACAGUAAUUUAUGAACGACUUGCAGAGACUUCAAAGUACAAAGAAAUCACCCUAAAACAUUUAGAACAGUUUGCUACGGAAGGGCUGAGGACUCUGUGUUUUGCUGUGGCUGAGAUUUCUGAGAGUGACUUCGAGGAGUGGCGGGCUGUCUACCAACGAGCAUCCACAUCGGUGCAGAACAGGCUGCUGAAGCUGGAAGAGAGCUACGAGUUGAUUGAAAAGAAUCUUCAGCUACUUGGAGCUACAGCCAUCGAGGAUAAAUUACAAGACCAGGUGCCUGAAACUAUAGAAACUCUCAUGAAAGCUGACAUCAAAAUAUGGAUCCUGACUGGGGACAAGCAAGAAACUGCCAUCAAUAUUGGCCACUCCUGCAGACUUCUGAAGAAGAACAUGGGGAUGAUCGUUAUAAACGAAGGCUCCCUUGAUGGAACCAGGGAAACUCUCAGUCGGCACUGCACCACCCUUGGGGAUGCCCUUCGGAAGGAAAACGAUUUUGCUCUCAUCAUUGACGGGAAGACCCUCAAAUACGCCUUGACCUUCGGAGUGCGGCAGUAUUUCCUGGACUUAGCUCUGUCGUGCAAAGCUGUCAUUUGCUGCAGGGUUUCUCCUCUUCAGAAGUCCGAGGUUGUUGAGAUGGUCAAGAAACAAGUCAAAGUCAUCACACUUGCCAUCGGAGAUGGCGCAAAUGAUGUCAGCAUGAUCCAGACGGCCCAUGUGGGGGUUGGGAUAAGCGGCAAUGAAGGUUUGCAGGCAGCCAAUUCUUCAGAUUACUCCAUAGCUCAGUUCAAAUAUUUGAAGAAUUUGCUGAUGGUUCAUGGUGCCUGGAAUUACAACAGAGUCUCCAAGUGCAUCCUGUACUGCUUCUACAAGAACAUUGUGCUCUACAUCAUUGAGAUCUGGUUUGCCUUUGUCAAUGGCUUUUCUGGACAGAUCCUCUUUGAGAGAUGGUGCAUAGGACUUUAUAAUGUGAUGUUUACAGCCAUGCCUCCCUUAACCCUGGGAAUAUUCGAGAGGUCGUGCAGAAAGGAGAAUAUGCUGAAGUACCCUGAGCUGUACAAAACAUCUCAGAACGCUCUGGACUUCAACACCAAGGUUUUCUGGGUUCAUUGUUUGAAUGGCCUCUUCCACUCGGUUAUUCUGUUUUGGUUCCCACUAAAAGCCCUCCAGUAUGGCACAGUAUUCGGAAAUGGGAAAACCUCAGAUUACUUGCUUCUGGGAAACUUUGUUUACACUUUUGUAGUGAUAACUGUGUGUUUGAAAGCUGGACUGGAAACCUCAUACUGGACAUGGUUCAGCCACAUUGCCAUCUGGGGCAGCAUUGCGCUGUGGGUGGUGUUCUUUGGAAUCUACUCAUCUCUGUGGCCUUCCGUUCCCAUGGCCCCUGAUAUGUCUGGAGAGGCGGCCAUGCUCUUCAGCUCUGGAGUCUUCUGGAUGGGCUUGCUCUCCAUCCCUGUGGCGUCCUUGCUGCUGGAUGUGCUCUGCAAAGUCAUCAAGAGGACGGCUUUCAAAACAUUAGUGGAUGAAGUUCAGGAGCUCGAGGCGAAAUCUCAAGACCCCGGGGCAGUCGUCCUUGGAAAAAGCCUCACGGAGAGGGCCCAGCUCCUCAAGAAUGUCUUUAAGAAGAAUCACGUCAAUCUGUACCGCUCUGAGUCCCUACAACAGAACCUGCUCCAUGGCUACGCUUUCUCUCAAGAUGAAAAUGGCAUCGUCUCCCAGUCGGAAGUGAUUAGAGCCUACGAUACCACGAAACAGAGGCCCGAUGAGUGGUGAUGAGGAGGCCCGAGCAACAGGCUCUGCUGUGUCUCUGAGGAGAGCUGUCACAACUAAGGUCAUCACCACAACCUGCUGGUCAAUCGCUGUCUGCUCCACGGGGAGGAACGGUGGAUCUGAGCUCACCUCACAGCCCGACUUCACGGACAUAAAUACUAUGUGACUCUAGCACCAUCGCCCUCAGACGUCCUCAAGUCCCUGCUAAGGCUUUCUAAACCGGUACUGGAAAUGACCUUGUGUCUUUGCCGGAGGGCUUUCUCAAAAAUGGGGACAGGUCAGUGUUCACAAGCUGUCCCUCUGGGGCUGUAACUAUCACUUCAUUGGUUCAGCCAAUCAACCUUUUAAAAAACAACUCUGAACCAGUGCUGAGGGAAGGUCUUCGAUUUCAGGCUGUGCUGAAACAAACCAGCAUUCUUGAUUCGCUCUUCUGAACACUUCUGAACCAGGCAUUAAUAAGUGUUUGUGUCAAAAAAGUGUCUUGCUAAGUGUUUGCCAAAGACGUUCAGUGUGUGUGUUUCCACUUAGUAGUCAACUGCCCAGAAAUCUAAAAGGAAGUUUCCUCGCAGCAUGUACAAUCUGCAUGCUUGACUUUUCAAAUGUGAGCGCGACUUGCAAAAAUUGAAUAUUUCCAGGCGUUUGCUACUAAAAUCUAUGAUGUUGCACCUUUGGCCUUACAACUGCUUCUCUGUCAAUUGUCUCUUUAUUUGUUCCAGUUGGAGGGACCUAUGUCCGUGUGACCCUUGUUACAACACUGAUUUUUUUUUAAUCUGUAUUGUCUGUCAUUUCUGAUGAACUUUAGACUCCUUUAAAUGUUGCUAAAAAUCUGGCUUCCGCUGUGUGUUGAAUGAUGUCACUUCGUCUUCAGUUUUUUUUCCCCUCCUGAGAAAAUUAUGCUUAUGUAUUUCUGUGGGAUUUCCCAAGCUUCUGUUUCAACGGCUGGGAUAAUCCGUCUGAUGAUGCAUGGGCUUUUUUGUCAUGUGCGUAGGUUUCGGCUUUCGUCCUGUGUUCUGUUUGUCCUCACCGUGUGUUCCCACUGGAGAUGAGAUGUGUAACAGAGUUGGUGUGAUGGUAACUACCCAUAGGCUUAAGCCUGAAAAUUAUUUCACAGUUCGCUCGGCCAGCCAUUCCCAAAGUGAGUCACGCACCGCUUAUGGACAGAUAAGUCACGCGUUUGCCUUGUGUUAAGGAAACACCUAUUCUGUUCCAGGAAAUCGUCCCGUCAGUGACUACUUCUCACCGUGAACAGGGCUUGCUGGUGCACUUUCAAAUAGAUGUCCAUGCUCAUUUGUCUCGGCAUUUCCAUGAAAUCUCCUGACAAAUGCCUAUUUUGCUACCAACAAUAAAAGGUGAAGGGGCUGCUUAAAAACCACACCCAGUUUUCUACAGUUUUUACAGUAUUUUUUUCAUCUUCAAAGAUAAAGGGAGUUCUAGUUUUCAGAUACACUUCAGAGAUCGAAACAAACUCUUCUGCCUUUUAUUCCAAAGCCUGUUUGCCUUUAAGUGGGUUACCAGCAAAAUAGAGACUUUGAAACGUGUGCAAGGACUGACUUUGAAGAGAGGGAUUCUCCGAAUUACCCGCACCCCCCCCCCCCAUUUACCUUAUUUUCCCCCUUUUUCUCAGUCUGGAUUUAAAAUCAGGCUGUGUCUCUUCCCCCUCUAAGUGUGUAGCUCGUUACCAGUGUGUCUCCGCAUCCCCUACAAAUGAGAGGUUCUAAGCACUCACAUAAUUCUAAAGGGAGUGGAGUGGACAUAUCACAUGUUCAACCCAUCCUGUUGGAGCUGAGAUUAAGCAACCUGUGAAUCAAAGCACCUUGCAGAACUGCACACAUAGAAUCUCUGAGGUGAUCUUUCACCUUGUGAAGCUGAAGGCUUUAACCCUCUACCAACUAAAUCUGGCGAGUGGGUUUUCCUUAGCCUCCUGGUGGUGACAGUUGAGGUCACACCACAGACUUGAGUGGUCACCCAGGGAUGGCUUCCCUUUGCCCUCGCCAUUAGAGGUAUCUGUCUCCAGAUUCCUCCCCUCAGCACAUUGUGGGUGAGAAUGCAGUGGUCUGACACCCGCAUGGAAAUCGAAAGUCUUCUUUUUAUCUGGUAUCACGAAUUAUUUCGAUGGGACUCCUCCACGUGAGAUUCCUCACGGUUAAUCAGUAUACAGCAUUUCCUGAAAUGAAACUCUGUAUUCCAUUUCCUCCCCACAUCCUGUGUUUAAACAAUGGCCAUUGAGUCAGUCUCCCUGUUCCUUAGGCUGGGGAGAGCAGGGGAGCGACCGCUUGGGUAAAACUUGAAACAGAGAGUCGCUGAUGCAGUGAGGUUAUAGAGACUUGACACUCUGGAGUUUCUAACUAUUGUUAGGCGGGAGAAAAGUUCAUGGUUUUACUGGGAUUUAAAAGACUGCAGUCAAAGUGACUUUAAACCUGUUUUCUCAAAGAAACAAUAUGAAACUCCACCUUCAAAAGUCCCCUUUAGGGACUUUAGUAAAAGCUGACAUGACUGCUUUGUAAUGUUUACAAUCCAGAAAAGACUAUUUAUAGCAGGAAAGCCCCAUUACUUUAGCACCGAAGAGCUGGGAGUUUCUUCAUUCCUGCUGGAAUAAACCCAGGAAUAUAUAGCAUGGACUUUCUCUAUGUGCUAGAUAUACAUGUAGAAACACAUUGGUGCCUCGCACCCUGAAAGAUGCUACACUGUAGAAGGUAGUAGCAGGAAAGCAGUCUUCUCAGGAACAUGGGGAAUUUGAACCUGGUAAGUGUGCUCUUGGCUGGCAGGCCCCUCAGCGCUCCCUCUGCGUGAGAUGGCUUCAGCCACAAAGAGAACUUGCCGGAAAGCUUUCUCCCCCAGGCAGAUGAAGGGAUACUGCCGGCUAAGGGAGGCAUGCAUUGUGUUGUCAUCGAAGAGAAUCAGCCAGGCUUUUCCUUCCCAACAGGCAGAAAGAAUCCUAGAAGCGAUCAGCAUGUCAUCCUCACAUUUAAUUGUAUAUUCUGAUUCUUCAGUUCAGUAUCCCAGAGAACUGGGAUGAUACUCACAGGUUAAUUUUUGUUACACUUAGUGCCACGCUCGUGCGCUGUCAUUGACAAACGUCCUUUCAGAAAAGGGAUGCUAGCCAGGGAGCGAUGGAGAGGGACGCCCUCUCAGAACAGCGUGGAGCUACUGCAACGCCACCUGCUCAUCUUGCGGUGGGGUUUUUGAUGGCUCUGGGUCUUAAAACUGUUUCAUGGAAGGAAUCUUUAGUCUAAUAAGUAAACUACAAAAUUCAUCAAGAAAACGUCUCUCUCAUGCACACUGUGGUGACCACGUAUGUGGAAUUCUUUCUGUCCGUGGCUUACAGUGACCCCAUGUGACUCCGUGCCUCAUAAAUGCUUUUUGAUGAUGAGUAUUUCUGGACGGCCUCUUAUUAAACACACCACAGCCUGAUGUUUCCCACAUGAAAAUAAAGCACUUGUGAAACUCAGUUAUACUUCGCUGUGUUUUAAUUAAUCCUCAGCAGCUAUUAAAGUGAAAUGUAAGUUAAAUUUUCAAGAAAAGGAAACAAAUGCGUUCCAUGUCUCUUACUGGUUUAUUUCUGUAGGACAACAGCUGUUUGGGCUUUUGUUUCUGUGUGUGUUUGUUUGUUUUGUUUUUGAUAGGUUUGAGGUUUGCAUGACUUAACAUUUAAAGUGAUCCAGGCAAAUGCAUGGCUUUUGUUAAAAAAAAAAAAAUCUCGAUAUUUAUUUCUGUCUUAUAAAACUUUAUCAUGGCCUAACUAGAAUUUACUAGUCAAUGGAUAAAUAAAUUGGUCCUCCACACAGCUUUUUUUUUUUUUUACUAAAUGGGUUAUUUUACAACAAAUUCAACUGAAUCUUUUUAUUUAAUUGGAUCUUCUGUUUAGCUUGCCUCUAAGAACUUUUCUUUAGAAAGUUCAUGAAACUUCUCAGCAAAUGAAUCUUCCCUAAGUAGGAAGAAAGCUGGAUAGCAUAUGUGCUGAUUCUGACUUAGCAGCAGCUUUCCAUGGGUAAGUUCGCUCCGGCAAAGCUGUGGACAGAAUAUUGUUUUUAUUCCCAGUCAUAGACUAGAAGCCAUAACUGCAGUGAGCACCGCUGGUUGUUGGCUUCUUCCCGCUUCAGUUUUCACUUCCCCAGGUGUGGUACGUUAGAAGGCAGCCUGGGAAGGCAGCUCUGAAAAGCCACGCCGCCGAUGCGCAGCUCUGUGGGAAAGCCAUUCCUGCCGAAACUGCUGUAGAGGUGGUGGCGCUGCAUGAGUGGGGAGAGUCGGAUCUGUGCUUAGAAUGGUUCUCUCAGGUUUGUGUACCCUAGUGUUUAUAAAUAGUUACUACCGCUGAGUAAAAUCCGUUUCUAUGCACUGUUCCGUGUCAUUGGCCUUUUGUGGAUGUGCAUGUUUUAAACCGCAAAUUUUAAACAUUUGUCCUCUAAUUGUUAUUGAAAACAAAAUAAACUUUACCGUUACAUAAAGGCA